GUGAUUUUGAAAUACUCAGUCCAAAGUAACCACAAAAAUCAAUUCGGUACAAAGUUCCUCAGUUCUUGUUUACACUUCAAGUGCUCAAAACUGAUUUCUCUCAUCGUCACUGAUUCUGGACAUUUAAGAAAUGAAGUUGAACGAGAAAACGCGGGAAAAACUGUCUUCAGCACCACCUACCUCCAAUAGUACAGGAGGAGGGUUAAAUUUGAGUAUCUCUCAGUACGUGGAGGAAGACGUUGAUGUGGCAGAUAUGCUGUAUCGCGAUGCUUCGAACAGCGAACCAAGGCUUAAAAAGAAAUCUCCACAGGUUGAGUGUCCUGCAAAAGCUGAACAACCUUUGACUCGAUACGCUCCUUCAAUUUUGGCCAGGGAGAGAAACGCAAUUGCUACACAUAAUGUUGUAUGUAGUACUCCUUCCUUGUCAGUGUCUGUGAAAAAUGCUAGAAGGAAAAAAACCUUUUCACAGAAGGUGACAGGUAACAGUGACAGCCAUACAGUAAGCUCUAUUGUCCCUGGUAAUAAUGUUAGAGAUUGUCCACGUUGCUAUAGUUAUUCAGAGAUUUUGCAGAAGAAACACCAACGAUCAGCAUCCGGUGGGUUAAUCACACAAGGCUGGAGAGAAUCGAAAAAUUUUGGACCUCUAAAUUCUUUAUGUAUGAAUGGAUGCCCACCACAAGAGACAAUGGCACCUGCAAUGUCCUCUCUCACCUCCACAGCCGCCAAGGAAAUUUACCAAAAUAAAGACACUAAGAAAACACACAAUUUCUCUGAGAAUAAGCUGACAAGUGGAACCAUUAAGGGAAUAUUGGUCAAGACAUUAAGUAAUCAAGGGGAAUCUCCUCCCAGUGUGGAAAGCCUUCGAAAAAAGAAAAAUGGUCUGUCUCCUCAUUCAGAACCUCGAAGGCUGGAGAAAACUACGUCCUUAUCAACUAACGCUGCUGAAAUUUCUUCUAAAUUGGCAGACAAAUUUCGAGAAAUUUAUCCUGAGGAGAUGAAUUACUUCUGCAAUGACUUAAACAUUUAUCCCGUAAAAGAAGUGAAUAGCUUUUACACCCCGCCCAGUGCUAAACAGGAUAACGAGUCACAGAACCACCAUGGCAGCUUCAACAGUGACUACGGUAAUUCUCCUGACAGCUGGCAAUCAGAGUUAGACAGCAGCAUUCUAAGAGAAUGUGUAAAUGAAAGUCCAUUCCUCAAAAAUAAGUAUUUUGCACAACAGACUUCUGGAAUUAUUCAGUGCUUUGAUAAUACUGAGAGCCAAGCAAAUAUAGAAAAAGAGUGCCUAGACUUUUCUUUUAUCAAUUCAGAUUUUAGUAUGAUUAGUGGCCAUCAAAAUAUGACUGAUUUACUGAAAAUAACUUCAGAGCUAGAGGAAAGUCUUAUAGAUCAUGAUCUAUCAUUCCGAACAGUGUGUUUAAAUUCAUCUGAAUAUUAUGAUAGUUUAAAUCAAAGUGCAACACCAACAAGAAAUCAACACUUUUUCAAUGAUGGACUAAAUAUGUCAAAUUUUACAGAUACAAUUACACCUAAAGCUUAUACAACAUCAGUUAUCUCAAAUAAAGAAACCGUUCAGCACAAAGAAUCCACGGCAGAUUCUUCCUCACUUGAAGUGCCUGAUCAAGGACGGAGAAAAUCUGAUGUCACAGACUUGAUAAAGAAAUUUAACAAAAUGAGUGGCAAAAGAUAUUCCCUGUGUUUAGAUUCAGAACGUGGGGAAUGGAGAAGUCAACAUGAAUACUCGGAGGAUGAUGACCAAGACUCGAAAAAUAACUGCGACAGUCUACACUUAACGGAAGAAUGGCCGGACACUUGCAGAGUUGGCAGAAGACACUCUGAUGUCGUGUUAUUAACUGAAAAAUUCAGAAAUAUGGAAAAGGGGAACUUCCCUUCCAGUCACCAUAGGCUGACCAAAAAAGCACCUGAGGAUUUCACAAACGGCCAUGCUUCUCAUGUAGGCAAUCACUCUAUUUCUAGUUCCAUAGGCAAUGACAGCGAGACCUUUUCAACUGGCAACCUACAAGUUUCUGAUGAUUUCAGGAUAGAACGACGAGAUUCUGAUGUUGCUUUCCUGAUUCAGAAAUUUUCUUCAAUGGACAUUGGAAGGCACUCGAGUCAUUCCUCGCACUCGAGUGCAAUGGACUCUGGGGAAAUAUCACCUAAGCAUAAUAAGGAGUCUUGUGCUAAACAAAUGAUGUCUACUAGAUUUGCCAGCAACGGAACUGGAAUUCUGGUAAAACCACGAGUGCAUUGUAGACAGCUCUAUCCAGACGAGUUGAAGUAUUUUACUGGCGAAGUUGCAGGCUCACAAUCAGGGCCUUGUAGUAUUCAGAAGUUCUCUAAAGAGAGAACCAGAAGGCUCUCUAGUCAUUCCUCGCACUCAAGUGUAAUGGACUCUGGGGACAUGUCACCUGGGCAUAAUAAUCAGUCCUACGCUAAAAGUUUGUCUACUAGAAGCUGCUACAAGACAACUGUCAUUCCAGGAGUAGGACGAAUACGUUAUAGAGAGCUCUAUCCAGAUGAGUUAAAGUAUUUUACUGACAAAGUUGCGCACGCACAAUCUGUGCUUUGCACAUUUCAGAAGUUCUCGAAAGUGAACACCACAAGUCUCUCAAAUGCAAUGGAUUCUGGGGAAAUGUCCCCUGAGCAUAAUAAGCCUUGCAUUAAAAUGUCAACUAGUACCAACAACGGAACUGGAACUCUGACAAUAGGGCGAGUACGUUAUAGAGAGCUCUAUCCAGAUGAGUUACAGUAUUUUUAGCCACUGUGUUAGUAAGAAUCUGUCUGUGUCUUGUAAGAAUCUGUCUGUGUCUUGCAUUAUUCAGAAGUUCUCAAAAGUGAACAUUUGAAGGCUCUCGAGUCAUUCCUCUCACUCAAGUUUAAUGGGCUCUGAGGAAAUAACACUUGACCAUAAUCUUCAUUGCUUUAAUAAAAGUUGCUUUUCCUUUUAUUUUAAAUCUUUAAUUAUUGUAUCUACCACAUUAAUAGAGUACAAAUAGGGGCAAACCUGACCUGGAGCAGCUAUCUGUACGAAGCCAAAUGUUUUCAUUCCAGUUUAAUGGACUCUGACUAAAUGUCACUUGACCAUAAUAAUCGGUCUUGCGCGAGUCAACUAAAAGGAUGCAACGGAACUGAAAGUCUGGCACAAGAUCCGAAACGCUGUAGAGAGCUCUACCCAAGAACGGCUAUCUGUACAAAGCCAAGUGUUUCAUUAUUUAUGAAUAAGUAUGUCUUAGUUUUACCAGACCACUGAGCUGAUUAACAACUCUCCUAGCGCUGGCCCGAA